AUCCCACCUCCUCAUCCUGCUGCAGCAGCACAUGAAGCCCAUGACAAUUUGAUUUACAACAAACAGGGUCGAAUGUCGAUCUUUUGAAAAGAACGCCUGCUAUUGUAUAUCCUCAAGUGUUUUGACAGCAGUAGAUAGGCACAUUUCCGACCGCCCUUGAAUGCAGCAGAGGCCAGAGCACACACUCUGCACACAGAGCUGCACUGAAGGAGACCUGCAUCCACAUAGUAGAUGCCUGUGACACUCCGGACUGGCCGAGCUUUGAGAGAAGAUUUGUAAGCCUGACCUGAAACCUGAACUGGUCCCAGACUUGUGAAGCUGUCAGAGGGAAAUUUCACAGGAGAGGAUCUAUCAUGACUGCAAGGAUCCAGGGAGCGACGGGCAAAGACAAACCAGUGCCAAAGAGCAGAGCAACAGAGAUGACGGUAAGGGUCAGGAGAGCGCUGUGGCUCGUACUGGGCAUGCUCAGUCUGUCCCUGCUGCUGGUGCUGCUGGGAGUCUACACCACAACCCGAACAGAGAGCCUGAAUGUGUCUGGCUACACCUCUGGGGUGAUUCUUACCCUCGGAUCGUUCCUGGGCCUUCUGGGACUCUGCCUGAAAGAAAACCGCAAACAGCUGCUGACGGCUGCGAUUAUAUUCCUCAGCUUUGGAAUCAUCUCGUCUUUUGUUUGCUUGGUGAUUGAUGGCGUCUGUAUUGUCUUUAACAUGGAUGUGCGUCCACUGGAAGCAGGUAGAUGUCAGUAUUACAGCAGCGGCAGCGGCUACAUCUAUGAGAAUUUCUACACCACUGUGUCGUGUUGGAACCCACAGGAGUCUUGUAACAUGACAGUACGAAGUGGGACCUGCUACUGCUGCGACCUGUACGACUGCGCCAAUGGAGGCUACCUCAGCAACUACUAUGAGUUUGUUGGAGUACGAAGCUGUGAGGAAGUUUUCACUCUGUACAUUCUGAUUUGGACGCUCACUGGCCUGAACCUCAUGGCGUUCUUCACAGGCAUCCUUACCACAGCGGUGCUGGGCAGCAUCAAGGACUCGAGGAGUAGCAGCCCUGUGACCGAGGCCUCUGAGAGCACAGCAUCUUCCCCUACAGCUCCUCUGCUGAUGAAUGCCAACACACACACAGUCCACCAGCUCCACCCAGGAGCCUCGAUGUAUUUCCCCCCAGCAGGAAGGACAGCUGCCACACAGAGUUUUCCUUAAUCAUCAAAUCCCUGCACUAAGUCCAACCCUCCUCCCUUCGCCCCGCUGACCAGCAUGCUGCCUCACCGAGACCACAGCCUCUCUGCCUGAGCACAACCAGGUGCUUAUGAGGAACUAUAGGUUUAACCACCAAAUGACCAAAACGCAAAUGUAGAAAGAACAGAAAGAGAUAAACAGAUGCUUUAUUGUUGUUGUUGAUGUUGUGAGGAAGGGAGGACAUACAACAGGUACAACUAAAAGAAAAAUAUGCUGGUCUGAAUAUUAAGCAGAAAUAUAAACAUUUUGUUUUGUAAAAAUCCAUCAAAUGGACACAGGAAGUUUCAUGGAAAGCACUUCCUGCUACAUUUACUAUAACAUAUUUUACUGUAUCGAAAACAUAAAGGUCUUAAGUUGUAAAAUGUUUGCAAAUGAAAUGUUUUGUAAUAUAAAUGUGUCAACUGCAUGUAUAGGGCAUAUAGGCUACAACUCAAACAUUCCUAAACAUCAGUGAAAUCAUACACAAGAGUUAAAACCUGAACAUACACAACAUGUAUCAUUUAAAAUAUCAGUGGCUGAUUUUGAA